GCGCCGCGGCGUCGUCCCGGCCUGGUUCCCGGCUGCGCAGGAUCUUACAGGCUCACGUUGAGAAAAGCACCAUGGAGCUGUACGAGUCGGCGUACUUUGUGGUCCUUAUCCCCUCAGUGGUGAUCACCGCCAUUUUCCUCUUCUUCUGGCUUUUCAUGAAGGAAACGUUAUAUGAUGAAGUUCUUGCCAAACAGAAAAGGGAACAAAAGCUGAUUUCUACAAAAACAGAUAAAAAGAAGGCAGAAAAGAAAAAGAAUAAGAAGAAAGAGACCCAGAAUGGAACCCUUCAUGAAUCUGAUUCUGAGAAUGUACCUCGGGACUUUAAAUUGUUGGAUGUGUCGUCCAUGGAGGAUGAGCAGUUUGUACCUGCUGCACUGAACAUGGUGGAAACUUCCAGCAGUGUUAGGGAAAGGAAGAAGAAGGAGAAGAAACAAAAGCUGCCUCUGGAGGAGCAUGUCGUCAAAGACGGUGAUGCAGCCAAGGCUCCCGGCAGCAGAGGGGAACCCGUCCUCCUUACAAAGCAGCCGGCCCCACCUGCCGAAGCUGCUGCCCUGAAGAAGAAAGCGGGACAGAAGAAGUCUAAAAACGGAAGUGAUGACCAAGAUAAAAAGGUGGAAAUGCUGAUGGCACCUUCAAAAAAGCAGGAAGCAUCACUGUUCCAUCAAGACACUAAGCAAGACGGUGGACCAGGGAAGAAGCAGAAGAGUUUGUCAAAGAAGCAGAAGACAGAGAAUGUCUCGGUGGAUGAGCCCCUUAUUCAUGCAGCUACCUACAUUCCCUUGGUGGAAAAUGCUAACUCAAAUCUUGUGAUGGAUACGAGAGAAAUUACAGAUAUGCUUAAGCCUGAUCAUGUAGAGGGGAUCCAGAAACCUGGAGCUAAGAAGCUGAAGGUUGAAACUGACAAAGAAAAUGCUGAAGUGAAAUUUAAAGAUUUCCUUCUGUCCUUGAAGACCAUGAUGUUUUCUGAGGAUGAGGCUCUUUGUGUGGUCGACCUGCUGAAGGAGAGGUCUGGUGUGAUGAAAGACGCUUUGAAGAAGUCAAGUAAAGGAGAAUUGAGUUCUCUUCUGCAUCAGCUUCAGGAGAAGGAAAGACUGCUCACUGCUGUGAAGGAGGAUGCUGCUGCCACCAAGGAGCGCUGUAAGCAGUUGACUCAGGAAAUGAUGACAGAGAAAGAAAGAAGCAAUGUAGUUAUAGCAAGGAUGAAAGAUCGGAUUGGAACACUAGAAAAGGAACAUAAUAUAUUUCAAAACAAAAUGCACGUCAGUUACCAAGAGUCUCAACAGAUGCAGAUUAAGUUUCAGCAAGUUCGGGAGCAAAUGGAAGCAGAGAUAGCUCAUUUGAAGCAGGAAAAUGGUAUACUGCGAGAUGCUGUCAGCAACACUACAAACCAGCUGGAAAGCAAGCAGUCUGCAGAGCUAAAUAAACUGCGCCAGGAUUGUGGGAGGCUGGUGAGCGAGCUGAAUGAGAAGACGGGAAAGCUGCAGCAGGAGGGAGCCCAGAAGAAGAACGCGGAGCAGGCUGCCGCCCAGCUGAAGGUUCAACUACAAGAAGCUGAGAGGAGGUGGGAGGAAGUUCAGAGCUACAUCAGGAAGAGGACAGCAGAGCACGAGGCUGCACAGCAAGAUUUACAAAGUAAAUUUGUGGCCAAAGAAAAUGAAGUCCAGAGCCUACACAGUAAGCUCACAGACACCUUGGUAUCAAAACAGCAGCUGGAGCAGAGACUAAUGCAGUUAAUGGAAUCAGAGCAAAAGCGGGUGAGCAAAGAAGAGUCUCUGCAAAUUCAAGUUCAGGAUAUUUUGGAACAGAAUGAAGCUUUGAAGGCUCAGAUUCAACAGCUCCGUUCCCAGAUAGCCGCCCAGACCUCCGCUUCAGUUCUAGCAGAAGAAUUACAUAAAGUGAUUGCAGAAAAGGACAAGCAGCUGAAGCAGACUGAAGACUCAUUAGCAAGUGAGCGCGGUCGCUUAGCCAGCAAAGAGGCAGAGCUCAAGGAUAUCCAGAAUAUGAGUUUCUUAUUAAAAGCUGAAGUGCAGAAAUUGCAGGCCCUCGCUAAUGAGCAGGCUGCUGCAGCACAGGAGGUGGAGAAGAUGCAGAAAAGUAUUCAUGUAAAGGAGGAUAAAAUAAGAUUGCUUGAAGAGCAGCUGCAGCAUGAAGUUGCAAGCAGAAUGGAAGAAUUUAAGAUCCUGAGUGACCAGAACAAAGCGUUCCAGCUGGAGGUGCAGGAGCUGCGGACCGUUGUCUCUCAGCAGCCUAAUAAAGAUGUUGUGGAACAAAUGGAAAAAUGCAUUCAAGAAAAAGAUGAAAAGUUGAAGACUGUAGAAGAAUUACUUGAAACUGGCCUCAUUCAGGUGGCCACCAAAGAGGAGGAGCUGAAUGCCAUAAGAACAGAAAACUCAACCCUGACGAAGGAGGUUCAAGAGUUGAAGGCCAAGCAGAGCAGCCAGGUUUCUUUUAUGUCUGUAAUUGAAGAACUUAGAAGAGUGAUCAGUGAGAAAGAUGGACAGAUCAAGUCUGUGGAAGAGCUUCUAGAAGUUGAACUUCUCAAAGUUGCUAAUAAGGAGAAAACUGUUCAGGCUUUGAAACAGGAAAUAGAGGUUCUAAAAGAAGAAAUAGGAAAUGCCCAGCUUGAAAAGGCUCACCAGUUAUCUGUCACUUCUCAAGUUCAGGAGCUUCAGAACUUAUUAAGAGGCAAGGAAGAGCAGGUGAGCACCAUGAAGACUGCUUUGGAGGACAGAGACAGAGCCCUGAGAGACCGAGGGAGACGGAUGCAGGAUCUUCAGGAGGAAAAUGAAUCUUUAAAGGCUCAUGUUCAGGAGGUAGCUCAGCCUGAUUUGUCUGAGGUGUGCUCGACACGAUUUGAAGAAUUUGAAAAUGUGUUGAAAGAAAAAGAAAAUGAAAUUAAGAGAAUAGAAGUCAUACAAAAAGACACAGAGAAUGAUCUUUUUAACAAGUCAAAGCUGUUACAGGAGGCACAAGAUGAAAAUAAAUUACUCAGAUCCAAAGUUGAGCUACUGAGUCAGCAGAACCACCAGCAGGCAUCUUUUCCCUCUCAGGAAGAAUUACAAAACAUAAUUUCAGGAAAAGAGCAAGAAAUAACUGAUCUCCAAAAUGAGUUAGAUUCUUUGAAGAAUGCUGUUGAACGUCAGAGGAAGAAAAACAAUGACCUUCGGGAGAAAAACUGGGAAGCAAUGGAAGCAUUGGCAUCAACUGAACAAAUGCUGCAGGACAAAAUGAACAAGACUUCCAAGGAAAGACAACAUGUGGAAGCUGUUCAGUUAGAGGCCAAAGGACUUCUCGAAAGAUUAUUUCCAAUGGUGUCUGUGCCUUCUAAUUUGACUUACAGUGAAUGGCUAUGUGGCUUUGAAAAGAAGGCAAAAGCAUGCGUAGCUGGAACUUCGGAUACAGAGACGAUCAAGGCUUUGGAACACAGGUUGAAAGAAGCUGAUGAAAUGCACACACUGCUACAGCUAGAGUGUGAAAAAUACAAAUCCGUCCUUGCAGAAACGGAAGGGAUUUUACAGAAGCUACAGCGAAGUGUGGAACAAGAAGAAAGUAAAUGGAAGAUUAAAGCUGAUGAAUCUCGAAGGACUAUUAAGCAGAUGCAGUCUUCCUUUACGUCUUCAGAGCAAGAGCUAGAGCGCCUAAGAAGAGAAAACAAAGAUAUGGAGAGUCUGAGAAGAGAACGGGACCACCUGGAGACGGAGCUAGAGAAGGCGGAGAUUGAGCGGUCAACCUACGUGACAGAAGUCAGAGAGCUGAAAGAUCUGUUGACUGAAUUGCAGAAAAAACUUGAUGACUCAUAUUCUGAAGCAGUAAGACAGAACGAAGAGCUUAAUUUGUUGAAGACACAAUUAAAUGAAACACGUUCAAAACUUCAAAAUGAACAAAGUGAGAGAAAAAAGGUAGCGGAUGAUUUGUAUAAGGCUCAGCAGUCGCUGAACUUCAUCCACUCAAAAAUUUCACUAAAAGCUGCUGGAGACACUGCUGUCAUUGACAAUAGUGAUCUUUCCCCAGAAACGGAGUCUCCUGAGAAAGAGACGAUGUCUGUGAGUCUCAAUCAGACUGUGACACAGUUACAGCAGUUGCUUCAGGAAGUAAAUCAACAGCUCACAAAGGAGAAGUAAUCGCAGAGUGAAGUAGCUGGGAAACUAUUCAUUAGAAGCUAACAGAUGAUGUUGUAUUAUAUUUUGCCAAAUUAAAGCCUUAUUUAUGUUUCACCCUUUCUACUUUGUCAGACACUGAACAGUUUUGUCUUUUCUAAUCCUUGUUAGACUACUGAC